AUGGCUACAGCCACUAAAGCAUUACGUAAAGAAAAUGAAGCCCUGAAAGAAGAAAUCCAACAGAUAAUGACGAAAUUACAACAUCUAGAACAAAAAUUCGAAUCCAUAAAUGCCAGAGUCAACCAAAUUUCCAUGAGGUGUAACGAUAUAGCUAAAUGUGUCGAUGCAGGAGUAUAGCUACCAAUUUAAUGUCAAAAUUGUUGGUAUGCCUCUAAAGGCAGAGAGGGAAAGCCCGGAAACAAUGGCUAAUCUCUGCUUACAACUGUUUGCAGCCCUGGGAGUUAAAGAUAUUUCAUUACAAGACAUUGAUAUAGCUCAUCGAAUGCCAGCACGCCGAGCAUCUUCACACCCAAACUCCAUAAUCUGUAAAUUUGUUCGGAGACUGGCAAAAAAUAAAGUAAUGGAGGCUAGAAAAGAAGUAUCUAAACUGCAAGCUGUUCAACUUGGGUUCUCCUCAGGUAUUCCUGUCAAACAUGUUAAUAUUUAUGAUCAUCUAACACCGCGUCUCCACACACUAUAG